AUGCAGAAGCUUCUCAGUCCAGAUUACCCAGAAUGCUUAGCGAGUCAGAGGGAGGAUGAGGAGGUGUUGGACGGUGAGGAGGAAGAGCAGAGGAGGAAAAGCAGAGAUGCAUUUCUGAAGAUCACACUGCACUUCCUGAGGAGAAUGAAGCAGGAGGAGCUGGCUGACUGUCUGCAGAGUAGAACUCCUGCUGCAGAGUGUCGACAUAAACUCAAGUCUAACCUGCAGAAGAAGUUCCAGUGUCUGUUUGAGGGGAUCGCUAAAGCAGGAAACCCAACCCUUCUGAAUGAGAUCUACACACCGCUCUACAUCACAGAGGGAGGGACUGCAGAGGUCAAUGAUGAACAUGAGAUCAGACAGAUUGAAACAGCAUCCAGGAAACCAGACAGACCAGAAACAACAAUCAGACAAGAAGACAUCUUUAAAGCCCCACCUGGAAGAGAUGAACCAAUCAGAACAGUGAUGACAAAGGGAGUGGCUGGCAUUGGGAAAACAGUCUUAACACAGAAGUUCACUCUGGACUGGGCUGAAGACAAAGCCAACCAGGACAUACACUUCACAUUUCCAUUCACUUUCAGAGAGCUGAAUGUGCUGAAAGAGAAAAAGUACAGCUUGGUGGAACUUGUUCAUCACUUCUUUACUGAAACCAAAGAAGCAGGAAUCUGCAGCUUUGAAGAGUUCCAGGUUGUGUUCAUCUUUGACGGUCUGGAUGAGUGUCGACUUCCUCUGGACUUCCACAACACUGAGAUCCUGACUGAUGUUACAGAGUCCACCUCAGUGGAUGUGCUGCUGACAAACCUCAUCAGGGGGAAACUGCUUCCCUCUGCUCGCCUCUGGAUAACCACACGACCUGCAGCAGCCAAUCAGAUCCCUCCUGAGUGUGUCGGCAUGGUGACAGAGGUCAGAGGGUUCACUGACCCACAGAAGGAGGAGUACUUCAGGAAGAGAUUCAGAGAUGAGGAACAGGCCAGCACCAUCAUCUCCCACAUCAAGACAUCACGAAGCCUCCACAUCAUGUGCCACAUCCCAGUCUUCUGCUGGAUCACUGCUACAGUUCUGGAGGAUGAGUUGAAAAGCAGAGAGGGAGGAGAGCUGCCCAAGACCCUGACUGAGAUGUACAUCCACUUCCUGGUGCUUCAGUCUAAACUGAAGAACGUCAAGUAUGAUGGAGGAGCUGAGACAGAUCCACACUGGAGUCCAGAGAGCAGGAAGAUGAUUGAGUCUCUGGGAAAACUGGCUUUUGAGCAGCUGCAGAAAGGCAACCUGAUCUUCUAUGAAUCAGACCUGACAGAGUGUGGCAUCGAUAUCAGAGCAGCCUCAGUGUACUCAGGAGUGUUCACACAGGUCUUUAAAGAGGAGAGAGGGCUGUACCAGGACAAGGUGUUCUGCUUCGUCCAUCUGAGCCUUCAGGAGUUUCUGGCUGCUCUUCAUGUCCAUCUGACAUUCACCAAGUCUGAAGUCAAUCUGCUGGAUGAAGAACAAACAACCCAUCUCUACCAGAGAGCUGUGGACGAGGCCUUAAAGAGUCCAAAUGGACACCUGGACUUGUUCCUCCGCUUCCUCCUGGGCCUUUCACUGCAGACCAAUCGGACUCUCCUACGAGGUCUGAUGACACAAACAGGAAGUAGCUGGCAGACCAAUCAGGAAACAGUCGAGUACAUCAAGAAGAAGAUCAGUGAGAAUGUGUCUGCAGAGAGAAGCAUCAAUCUGUUCCACUGUCUGAAUGAACUGAAUGAUCUUUCUCUGGUGGAGGAGAUCCAAUGGUACCUGAGAUCAGGAAGUCUCUCCACAGGUAAACUGUCUCCUGCUCUGUGGUCAGCUCUGGUCUUCAUCUUACUGUCAUCAGAAAAAGAUCUGGACGUGUUUGACCUGAAGAAAUACUCUGCUUCAGAGGAGGCUCUUCUGAGGCUGUUGCCAGUGGUCAAAGCCUCCAACAAAGCUCUGUUGAAUGGCUGUAACCUCUCAGAGAGAAGCUGUGCAGCUCUGUCCUCAGUUCUCAGCUCCCAGUCCUCUAGUCUGAGAGAUCUGGACCUGAGUAACAACAACCUGCAGGAUUCAGGACUGAAGCAGCUUUCUGCUGGACUGGAGAGUCCACAAUGUACACUGGAAACUCUCAGGCUGACUGACUGUAACCUCUCAAAGAGAAGCUGUGCAGCUCUGUCCUCAGUUCUCAGCUCCCAGUCCUCUAGUCUAAGAGAUCUGGACCUGAGUAACAACAACCUGCAGGAUUCAGGAGUGAAGCAGCUUUCUGCUGGACUGGAGAGUCCACACUGUACACUGGAAACUCUCAGUCUGUCAGGAUGUCUGAUCACAGAGGAAGGCUGUGCUUCUCUGGCCUUAGCUCUGAGCUCCAACCCCUCCCAUCUGAGAGAGCUGGACCUGAGCUACAAUCAUCCAGGAGACUCAGGAGAGAAACUUCUGUCUGCUGGACUGGAGGAUCCACACUGGAGACUGGACACUCUCAGCCUGCAGCCUGCUGGAGUCCGAUGGUUGACACCAGGUCUGAGGAAGUAUGCCUGUGAACUGGAACUGGAUCCAAACACAGUGCACAGAUUCCUCAAACUGUCUGAUAACAACAGGAAGGUGACACAUGUGGAGGAGCAUCAGUCAUAUCCUGAUCAUCCAGACAGAUUUGACUUCUGUCCUCAGCUGCUGUGUAGAAAUGUUCUGACUGAUCGCUGUUACUGGGAGGUCGAGUGUAGAGGAGAGGUUCAUAUAUCAGUGAGUUACACAAGAAUCAGCAGGAAAGGAGACAGUGCUGACUGUUUGUUUGGAAGGAAUGAUCAGUCCUGGAGUCUGAGGUGCUGUAAUGAUGAUGGUCGUUACUCUGUCUAUCACAAUAACAGACCAACACCCAUCUCCUCCUCCUCCUCCUCCUCCUCCUCCUCCUCCUCCUCCUCCUCCUCCUCUUCUGUCUCUAACAGAGUAGCAGUGUAUGUGGACUGUCCUGCUGGCACUCUGUCCUUCUACAGAGUCUCCUCUGACUCACUGAUCCACCUCCACACCUUCAACACCACAUUCACUGAACCUCUGUAUGCUGGGUUUACAGUCUGGAUCCUGCACAGACCAGACUCUUCUGGACCUGGACCUAAACCUAAACCUAAACCUAGACUUAAACCUAGACUUAAACCUAAACCUGAACCCAGCAGUGUGUCCAUGAAGAGUGACCGGUCCAUGGGGAAACCUUUACAUUUUAAUCCUGGACAACCAGCUGAUGGAAGCUGGAUGUGUAACAGGAAGCUGUUCCACAACACAGCACCAGCUUUAAAACAGGAACUUGUGCCUCCAUUAUUCACUGGAGGGACUUUAUAUGAACACACACUGGCCCUGGUGUUACAGCCAUGCUGA